AUGACAGGAGGGAAAAGGAAAAGAAAUGCAGUCUGCAGGAAGAUUCAGGCUGUUCGCUUUGAAGAUAUCAAAAUCUGGUGUAUGAGAAGGCUGCCCAUCUUGAAAUGGAUGCCUGUCUACAAUUGGAAGGAAAAUUUGAUUCCUGAUACCGUUUCUGGGAUGAUGCUAGCCAUUCAACAGGUGACUCAAGGGCUGGCCUUUGCUAUUCUGUCUUCAGUCCAUCCAGUUUUUGGUUUAUAUGGCUCUUUCUUCCCUGUCAUUAUUUAUGCCAUAUUUGGGAUGGGACAUCAUGUUGCAACAGGAACAUUUGCUUUAACUUCCUUGAUAUCUGCCAAUGCUGUUGAGCGUCUUGUUCCUUCAGCCAGCGCUAAUUUCACUACAAACAAUAAUUCAGGAGUUUGGGGCCUAUCAGAGUUCGAAAUGCAGAGGAUUGGUGUUGCAGCAGCAGUUUCAUUUCUAGGAGGAAUCAUCCAGGUAGUGAUGUUUAUGCUGCAGUUGGGCAGUGCCACGUUCUUAUUAACAGAACCAGUGAUAAGUGCAAUGACAACAGGAGCAGCUACACAUGUUGUGACUUCACAAGUGAAGUAUCUGCUGGGAAUGAAAAUGCCAUAUAUAUCAGGACCAUUGGGAUUUUUUCAUAUUUAUGCCUACAUAUUUGAGAAUAUCAGAUCGGUUCAGUUGGAAGCUCUACUUCUCUCCUUGCUGAGCAUUGCAGUGCUUGUUCUUGUUAAAGAACUGAACGAGAAAUUUCAGAAAAACAUUAAAGUUGUUCUUCCCAUCGACCUCCUUUUGAUAAUUGCUACGUCUGUUGCUUGCUACUGUGCUGAUAUGGAAUACCUCUACGGACUAGAAGUUGUGGGACAUAUUCCUGAAGGAUUACCCUCUCCAAAACCACCACCUAUGAAUGUUCUGCCUGAAGUAGUCACUGAAGCUUUUGGAGUAGCCCUGGUUGGUUAUGUAGCAUCACUAGCUCUUGCCCAAGACUCUGCUAAAAAAUUUAAAUACACCAUGGAUGACAAUCAGGAAUUUUUGGCUCAUGGCCUCAGCAACGUGAUUCCUUCAUUUUUCUUUUGCAUACCAAGUGCUGCAGCGAUGGGACGGACAGCACUUUUGUACAGUACGGGCGCCAGAACACAGGUCGCUUGCCUUAUCUCUUGUGCAUUAAUUCUAGUGGUGAUAUAUACAGUUGGACCUAUGCUGUACUGGCUGCCUAUGUGUGUGCUAGCAAGCAUUAUUGUUGUGGGCUUGAAGGGGAUGCUAAUACAGUUCCGGGAUUUAAAAAAAUAUUGGAAUGUGGAUAAAGUAGAUUGGAGCAUAUGGGUUAGUACCUACGUAUUUACAAUAUGCUUUGCUGCUAACGUGGGACUGUUGUAUGGUGUUCUCUGCACUAUAGUAAUUGUGAUUUUCCGCUUUCCCAGAGCAAAGACACUGAAUUUGAAAGACGUGAAAGAAGUGGAAUAUAAAUACAAAACAGAAGAUAAUUGUGAAUCAUUAAAACAGGUAAACAUAGUUUCAGUCAACAAUCCAUUAGUCUUUCUGAAUGCCAGGAAAUUUCAUACUGAUCUGAUAAAGAUAAUCCAGAAGGAUAACAGGAGCAGCCAAGCAUGUGAAGAUGUAAACAAGUGUGAGCAGAACACAUUGCUGUGUUCAUUUUCCAAUGGAAGUUGUCAUGGUGAAUCAUUGCAGUCAUGUCACAGUGAGCAACGUGUUUUGAUAUUAGAUUGCAGUGGGCUGAAUUUCUUUGACUACACUGGAGUCUCAGUGCUGCUUCAGAUUUACAUGGACUGUAAAAGCAGACACAUCGAUGUGUUGCUAGCACACUGCAAAGCUUCUUUGAUAAAAGCAAUGCAGUACGGUGGAAAUCUUGAAUCUGAAACUCCUGUCUUCUUUGAAUCCAUUUCUUCAGCAAUCGAUGCCAUUCAGAUUCACAGGAAUUACAGCAAGUUCAGUGAACAGAGUGAAGUGUGA